UUUAGUUUUACAUUUUGCAGUUUCUGUAAUUGUACAUUUUAUAUUACAAAACACAAUAUUGUAACAUUUAUUGCAUUAAAUGUGCACUUUCUUCAACAGGAUUGUUGGGAACAUGGAGAGAAACCUGAAUUAUUUGUCAGAUCUGAAAGAGACCAGGUUUGGUCAGCCGCCUCCCAGACACGGUCUGAGCUUGUUGUGGUGGUUUGCUCAUGAUUGUGUUCAGAUUGACUCUAACGGUCGUAUGACUGCAAAGUGCAACCCUACAAAUGGAACUUUUGGCUUUAAACGAUUCCAUAAUAGCGAUAAUCUUCUUCCUAAAAUUAAACUACCAUACUAUGAGGUGGGCAACCUGCACAAUGCUGGCUCACUGCCUGAUUAUGUAACUGAGAAUUAUUCUGGAUAUUCAGACAGCAGCAACAAAGAUCGCAUCAUUGUUUCUUUUAACUCAAGGUUGAACAAGUUUGAAAAGAUUUAUGUGACACAGCACUCAGAUAAGGUGCACUUUGACCAGAAUCACACCUACUGUAUUAGCACUGAUCUUCUGAAGGAAAUUAAACAGUUGAGCCGUGACAAAUUCCUCAAAGGACGCACAAAUCGUUCUGAACAGUUAUCUAUAAGCAUGCCUCCAUCAGUGCAGCGCAGGCAGACAAACACCUGUCAGAGUUGGAAAUGCCGCUGUGCGCUGAUUGGCUGUGGUGUGCUGAUACUGCUCGCUGCUGGUGUUACUCUCUACUGUUUGUUAAAGCCAAAAUAGUUUUAAUCUGUUGCAGUUUGUUGUUCUAGCUAAUUUGAGUCAGUUGCUUAUUUAAAUAAACUUUAACACAUUUAUUAACACGUUUAUUAUUAUGUGUGAUGUUGAGGGUUGCAUGUUUAUCACAGCAUUCUUUUUAAUGGUUCAUUGACUUUGGGUGACACAUCACGUAAUCAUUGUCUUGAUUUAUAAUAAUUUCUGUACUUUUUGCGCUUAUUCUUUGAAAUAUAUUCUUUAUAUUACCUUGUGUAUAGAACUAAAAAUCCAAAAACCA